AUGAUAACGACUGAUGAAAUGAUGAACGCUAAAAGUGAAAGACCAAACUGUUCAGAUGAUAUCAUCCGGAAUGCACAAUUGAAUGCAGCAGAAGCACUUCGUAAACAACAACUUGAAGUUGAGCGGGUCGAUAAAGUUUUGUCACUCUUAAAAGAAAUGAAAUCGAAUGAAUCAGAACAGGAUCUAUUAUUGGAUGAGACGUAUGAAUUUCGAGGUUUACGAGAAGUUCGUGAAGAGUUAAACCAAUACACAGCUCUGGUACAACAUGUAAUGAGUUUGGCAAAACGACAUCGUUCGAAUUAUUCGAAUCACGAAUAUGUUGCUGAUAAUGUUGUUGAAAAAGCUCGUGAUGACUGCGAUAUUCGUAAUGAAUUCGAUUAUCACAAUCCAACUACUUCUACUGCAACAAGUCGAAAUUUGAUUAAUCCGCGGAUGAGCCAUUUAGCUAUUACACCAACGACUACAGUGCAUGUUUCGCCAGGAUCGGCAGAUACAGUACCGAAAUGUAAUUGUGAUAAUCCUUUGCAUAUCAGGCCGAAAGAAGUGCUUGUUGAUGCUCGGCGAAUUGUGCAGAAUCAGCGAAUAUAUUCUGCUAGUGAACCUGGUUCGUUAAUGCAACUGGUUCAGCCGACAGUUACUGCAAAUCAAAAACCUCAUCCAUUUUUAUCGCAGGCUGGAUCUAAUUCACAUUCUCUGCAUGCGGCCAUGCAGAAUGUCCUUGGAUCUUUGAAACGUACUCUUCCUGGAUUUCAUCCAACAGCUUCAGCUAUUUUAAAAAGUGAUGUGGUUGAUUUCAUUUCUGCAUUUGCUGCUGCACUUCGGCGUUACGAUGAUCGUAUACGCUCACAAAUAAAACUACUCCUUGAGAAGUACGAUUCAUCAAUUAGCAAUACAAAACGUAGCGAACUUGUUUGUGAGAUCGAUCAUUUGCACAAAAUAAGCCGUUCUGCAACUAUCAAGCGUGAACAGUUGUUGGAUAUCAUCCGUGGCCCGUAUUACCAAGCAAUGAAUUGUCCGCUAUUACGUCAAAUGAAAAUUCUGCAUUCAACGUUUUCGUCAAAUUUGUCGUGA